ACGCCGUGCGGUCGCGCGGCCCUUCCGGCGCGGGCAGGGCGCUGAAGAUCGGGCGCCCCUCGGCCACAGGCCGCCUCCAGCGCCGCGGGAUGUAGCGCCCGGGCCCGCGGCUCCCAGCAGAGGCAGCCAGCCAGGCCGUAAGUGUCCUGGGGUGGGCGGGGCGCGGGUCCUGCAGGUUCCGGAGGGGACAGCGCGGGAGUGGCCCGCCCCUGGAUCUCCGCUCGCCGCCCGGCCCUCCGAAAGGUCCUCCGUAAACAUUUCCGGCCCCUCCCACCGCGCACCGUCUGGGUUCGGGGGGCUGCUCGCGGCCGUCGGGACUCGGCAGUCCGCGAGUGUGUCUCCGCAGCCGCGCGGGAGACGGCUGUGUUGCAGCCUUGCUGGCGAUCCCCGAAGUUGAGCCUGCGAGUUGGGUGCGGGAGCACCGGCCCUGGGUGGCCGGGAACCCUAAGGCUCCCCACCGCGAUCGGCUGGUCAGACGUGACGGGGCUCCCUCCUGGAUAGGGUCGGCGGGGAGGUUGAUGGAGAGUCGACAGGCCUAAGUGUCCACCAUCACAGGAAGAUCUCUGCCCUCUGGGGCUGAGAGACCCCAACCUUUCCUCAAGCUGAAGCUGCAAGGCACUGAAGUACUAGCCAGAUGUCUUCCCACAAAGGAUCUGCUGUGGCACAGGGCAAUGGGGCUCCAUCUAGUAACAGAGAGGCUGACACGGUGGAGCUGGCUGAGCUGGGACCCCUGCUGGAGGAGAAGGGCAAGCGGGCAGCCACCAGCCCAGCCAAGGCUGAAGAAGAACAGACAUGCCCAGUGCCUCAAGAAGAGGAGGAGGAGGUGCGGGUACUGACACUUCCUCUGCAGGCUCACCAUGCCAUGGAGAAGAUGGAGGAGUUUGUAUAUAAGGUCUGGGAGGGACGCUGGAGGGUCAUCCCGUACGAUGUGCUUCCUGACUGGCUGAAAGACAAUGACUACCUGCUACAUGGCCACAGACCACCUAUGCCCUCCUUUCGGGCUUGCUUCAAGAGCAUCUUCCGCAUCCACACAGAAACUGGCAACAUCUGGACACAUCUGCUUGGUUUUGUGCUAUUUCUCUUUCUGGGAAUCUUGACCAUGCUCAGACCAAAUAUGUACUUCAUGGCUCCCCUACAGGAGAAGGUGGUCUUUGGGAUGUUCUUCCUGGGUGCAGUGCUCUGCCUCAGCUUCUCCUGGCUCUUCCACACCGUCUAUUGUCAUUCAGAAAAGGUCUCUAGGACUUUUUCCAAACUGGACUAUUCAGGGAUUGCUCUACUGAUCAUGGGGAGCUUCGUCCCCUGGCUCUACUACUCCUUCUACUGCUCCCCACAGCCACGGCUCAUCUACCUCUCCAUCGUCUGUGUCCUGGGCAUCUCUGCCAUCAUUGUGGCACAGUGGGACCGGUUUGCCACUCCUAAGCACCGGCAGACAAGAGCAGGAGUGUUCCUGGGACUUGGCUUGAGUGGCGUUGUACCCACCAUGCACUUUACUAUCGCUGAGGGCUUUGUCAAGGCCACCACAGUGGGCCAGAUGGGCUGGUUCUUCCUCAUGGCUGUGAUGUACAUCACCGGAGCUGGCCUUUAUGCCGCUCGGAUUCCUGAGCGCUUCUUUCCUGGAAAAUUUGACAUAUGGUUCCAGUCUCAUCAGAUUUUCCACGUCCUGGUGGUGGCAGCAGCUUUCGUCCACUUCUAUGGGGUGUCCAACCUUCAGGAAUUCCGUUACGGCCUAGAAGGUGGCUGUACUGACGACUCCCUUCUCUGAGCCUUCCCACCUGAGGGGUGGAGGAGGAACUUCCCAAGUGCUUUUAAAAAUAACUUCUUUGCUGAAGUGCGUACGAGGAAGAGUCUGAGUUGUCUGUUUCUAGAAGAAACCUCUUAGAGAAGUCAGUGCCAGCGAGGAUCCAGCUCGCUGUCAAAGCCUCGGGGCGGUACACUUCCCAUGUGCAUUCCCGGCAGUCACCUCAGCAAGGCAACUGCUGCUCCCUCAGAUAGGACGUGGGAGCUCAUGUUGAGAUUUUACCCAUUCCUCAGCCAUUUUGGGAAAAAAAAUUAUGAACUGGGAUUCUUCAGAAAUUCUGUUUUGUUUUUUCUUGAAGAAAAUAUCCCUCCCUUUCCACCGUCCUUACUUUGUAACCUGGCUGAUAACGGGCCAUCCAUUUUUGUAGCACACUUUUCAGAAACAAUUAUAACCUGGUCCCAUCUUUCUAGGACAAACAAAGCCACGCCUUGAUGUAGCCCGGCUAAUCAUGGAAGUAUGUCCAGGCUUCAAGUAACUUGAGUUUAAAUCCUUUUUUUUUUUUUCUUGGCAGAGUAAUGUAAAAUUUAAAUGGGGAAGAUAUUUAAUAUUUAAUACUAAGCUUUAAAAAGAAACCUGCUAUCACUGCUAUGUAUCUUGAUGCAAAGACUAUGGUGAUAAUAAAAGAAAGUACAGACAACGCUUGGCA